ACCAGCCAGGAGGAGCCGCCGCCGCUGCCGCCGGGGAGCCAGGCUGCCCGGGCCGGGCCGGAGAGCGCUGUGCCCCACGCAUGGAGACGCCGAGGAGGGCCCGGCGCGCCGGAGCCGGAGCCGGAGCGGGAGGCGGCGCGCUCCUCCCUCUGCUCCUGCUGCUGAGCUGGGGAGCUGCCCAGGAGCUGAGUCCCCGCGGGAGGAACGUCUGUCCGGCGCCCGGUUCUACUGGGUCCAUUUGCUGUCCUGGAUGGAGGCAACAAGGCGAGGAAUGUUUGAUUGCCAUAUGUGAAGGAAAUUUCACCUGCAAGGAUAACGAAGUGUGUGUGAGACCCAAUGAGUGCCGCUGUCGUCAUGGCUACUUUGGAGCCAAUUGUGAAACUAAAUGUCCCCGUCAGUUCUGGGGCCCUGACUGUAAGGAGAUGUGCCGGUGCCACCCUAAUGGGCAGUGUGAAGAUGUGACGGGGCAAUGCACAUGCAAUGCCAACCGCUGGGGUCCGAAGUGCGAGAAUGUUUGCUUGUGCAAGCAUGGGAAGUGUGACCAGAAGAUCGGCAAGUGCACGUGUGAGCCCAGCUGGUGGGGCCCCCAGUGUUCUAGCGCAUGCUACUGCAGCCUCAACUCUCAGUGUGACCAGCAGACAGGGACCUGCAUCUGUCAGCCUGGCUGGUGGGGCCGCAGCUGCAACAACCAAUGUGCUUGUAGCAACUCUCCAUGUGAGCAGUUCUCUGGGCGCUGCCAAUGUCGUGGGCGGACCUUUGGUCCUCGCUGUGACCGCUACUGCCAGUGCCACAUGGGCAAGUGCAACCAGCUCGAUGGAACAUGCACCUGUGACCCAGGCUACCGUGGCAAAUUCUGUCGAGAACCAUGCCCAGCUGGCUUCUACGGACAAGGUUGCAGGAGACGAUGUGGCCAGUGCAAAGGACUGCAGCCGUGUACCAUUGUGGAUGGCCUCUGCCUGGCAUGUGAAGCAGGCUGGAACGGUACCAAGUGUGACCAGGUCUGUGCUUCGGGUUUCUACGGAGAAGGCUGUGAACAGAUCUGCCCUUCUUGCAAGGAUGGCCACACGUGCAACCAUAUCAAUGGCAAGUGUUCACUCUGCAAUCCUGGCUGGAUUGGAGACAGGUGUGAGACCAAGUGCCGCAAUGGGACCUACGGUGAAAACUGUGCCUUUGUCUGCAGCGACUGCUUCAAUGGCGAAUGUCACUUUGAGACGGGAAGAUGUAUCUGCAGGGCAGGCUUUUAUGGGACUUCCUGCAAUAUGACAUGCCCAGCUGGUCAGUACGGAGUGAACUGUGCAGAAUCCUGCAACUGCCACAAGGACUCCUGCGACCCUCUGACAGGAGAUUGCCAUAUGGAGGCCAAUCAGAGAAUGGGGGUAAUUGGAGCUGGAGCCCUCCUGACCUUACUGCUCAUCCUGCUCCUAUCACUUUUGUGUUGCUGCUGCGUUUGCCGCAAGAAAGACCAAGCUCGGGACACAAAUCAGGACCCAGUCAACAAGAAGUCCCCAAGACAUUUUUGUGGCAGGUUCAGCCAGAUCAGCAUGAAACUCCCCCGGAUUCCUCUUCGCCGUCAGAAAUUACCCAAAGUUGUUGUGGCUCACCAUGACUUGGAGAACACCAUGAACUGCAGUUUCAUUGAACCCCCCUCCGUGGUGGAGCAGCCAUCACCUUCAUGGUCUUCUCAAGGCUCUUUUUCUUCCUUCGACACCACGGAUGAAGGACCUGUGUACUGUGUGCCGCACGAAGAGAGCAUGAGUGACAGCAAAGACAGAGUCUCGGCCCCUUGCAACCCAGUGGAGAAGAUGGCACCACCAAUCAGCGAGGAAGAAGCUGGAGAGUACACUGUCUUAAAAGAGAGCAGCUCCCUCCAAGCAGACAGCAGUGAGAUGCCCUUGCUCAAAUCCUCUGACAGCGAGCGCUCUUCUUGUGGCUCUGGCUCAGCCAGUGGAGCUCUCUAUGCCAGGAUUGCCCGCCUCUCCAAGCAGUCCAAAGAUGAAGAUGAACAUGCCAUGGGAAACAAGAGUCCCAAGCCUCCAUCCCCAGAGAGAGCCAAGCCCCCUCCCCCAGACCCCUCAACAAAGCCCAAAGUCUCAUGGAUCCACAGCAAAUACAACUCAAACCAGUCCAACUCCAUGCCUGCCAUUGGAAUGCCUGAUCCAUCCGAGCAAAAACAGGGGCUGGCCAAGAGGAAGAGGAGCCCCAGUGAGACAUCAGCAGGGGUUCACAGCAAGCCAGAUGACAAGGGUCCUGCAAGGAGUAAAGAGAAGGCCCCAAAGCAUCCCAGAGAGCUGUGCUCUCCUGAAGGCAAAGCCAUCCUGGCCUCUGGGGAUUCACAGUCACCCUCCAAACCCAAGCAGCGGCACAAGACCAGCCCAGAGCAAAUGGAGAAUAUCAAUGGGGCAAUCCAGAAUGUGAUCAAAAAGAUAGGGGGCCAUCCCCUAGACCGGAAAGGGGGGGAUGCCCCCAAGAGCCCAAAUCACAGCAAACCUCGCUCUGAAGUCAUCCAUCCUCACUUGUCUUCCGAAGCAGCAACACUGCUGGCUGCACAACUGAAGGAAAAGACUCAAAGCCUUAACAGGAGUGACAGUGGAGCGAGGCAGAAUGGGGUGAGCCCCUUGCCAGCUCAGAGGGAGAAACCCACUCCUCCACAGAAGGCCAAACGCUCUGUGGCCACCAGCAGCCAGAAGUCCAGCAAGCCCGUGCUGCCAACUUCACCCAACCUGCAAAAAUUAAUCAGCCCCAUUUCAGAGGCCCCAGCUGGUGACCCCAAAAAGGUGGAGAAGCACAGCUCCAGCAGCAACCAAGAGCCAGUGACCGCCAGUGACCACGUGAUCAAGAAAACUCCCAUUAAAAAGCCACCCAGAAAGAAGAGCAGAGAGACCGUCACAGAGCAGCCCAAAACAACCAUGACACCACCCCAGACUGUCCAGUAAAGGAAGGCUGUCUUCUGUGGCCUGCUAAAGAGACCUAGAGAAGAGGAAGUGGUCAAUGGAAAUGGGGAAGCAGUGGCAGAAUGUGUCUUGUGGGGGGAGUCAAGGCUCCGGAGAUCACUCCUGAGGUGUAUGUCUCCUGCAGAAUGAUGUGGGCCCCACCGCCAUUGGGAGGCCCUCUCCCCCUUCAGCAGGCCCAAAGCACUUCUGAUUUCAUUCCCCCUUUGCUGAGUGGGGAAGGGACUUUGUGGGCAAGCGCUGGCGCCUGGGGGUGUGGAGGGGAGUGGGGAGGGAAGAGGGGAGGGCUUAGCAGGGCAGUCUGGGUCAUAUUUGUAACAGUAUUAUAACUGCAUACACAAUGCUUCUCUCCCUAGGAUUGCCUGAGUUGUUAUAAUCUGCAAUAUGGAUUAGCUGGCUUUCUGUAACUCUAGUCAGGUCUGCGAACUACAGCGGCGAAAGCUCCACGGGGUUUGAGGCGGGAGACACCUUUCCUCCGUUGCUGGCAACGUGCAGGCCUCGCACUGGGCCUUGGGUGUUGGCCGUGUAUGGCAGUCCAGACCUGGUUGGACACACGUGCCCCAUAGCCUCCCCCAGAGAUGAUUCAGGCACCGUCCUCCCGUGCAGCCGUGCUGCCUCGAGCUGGCUUUGACGGAUGCCCCUUUUGGCAGCAACAGCAAGGCUGCCUUGAAGGCUGCGUGUCUUGGCAGUUUGGUACACAAGUCCAGCAUCUCCCAUCAAAAGCUUCCUCAAUUAAAAGAAAUUGUAUUUUUGACUCUUA